AUUCAAAAUGGCGUCCGGAAAAUGUGCAUUCCUCGAUUUAGCCGCAUGUUGGUAUUUUAAAGUAUUUUCAGCAAUAAAGCAACUGAGUGUAAUCUAAUCGAUGAAAAAUGCAUCAUCCUUCCCGAGGCGGAGUUCGUGGUGGGAAGGAUCAAUUUGAAUGGGAAAGUAUCAAAACUGACAAACACAGAGAAAAUUAUUUAGGUAAAUUACCUAAUUUAAUUUCGUUAUUACGUAUAAUUAAGUUGUGAAACAUAAAACAGAAUAAUUGGAAGGUUAACAUCUUAAAAACCCUCUUAAAAUUGUUAGAAUCUUAAAAUUGUUAGCGGGUACUGGAUUCUAUAAAAAAUUUUAAUAGUCUUCAUGACAAGUCACAAGUCAUAUAAAAUCGAAAAACUCUUUCAUGUUCAUGAAAUAAAUCAAAUAAUAGACCCUUACAAGCUUUAAGAGUGGGUAUCAUGCCAGUGAUCCUUUGCAUACUUGUGCUUAUGUACGAGUCAAUUCCAACUGCGAUCAUCCCCCCCCCCUUGUGAACCCCCAGGAUUUGUCCAGAGGUUAAUCCUGCAUAGGCGGGAAUUUGACGCGAAAACAUUUGCGCACCGUUGGGCAUUUGACCCCUUUCAUUUAACUGAUUACUUGUGCAAAAUUGGCCAACAGUCGUGCUAAGUGCUUGGUGUAGAUGAACAUUGAUGAACGUGAUUUGUUUUCACGUGUAUAAAAUAGGACUGUUCGGUAUACCGAUAUACCGAAAAUAUCGGUAUUAAAUCAAUAUCGGUAUAUCGAUACCGGAUAUUUAACCAUACCGAUAUACCGAUUUUUCCGAUAUGCCGGAAUUUUUCGGUAUACCGUGUUAAAUUUACCAACUAUAUGGCGAAACCAUAACCUUUAUUUUACUACCGAAUGGCAAUUCAAAUAACUUUCUACUGCAAUGAUUUAGAAUUUCCACUUCAGUGAGAUUUUACACUGAGUAUUUGUCGUUCGAAACAUGUUCGAAACAGCUUCGAAAUGAUCGUUUUCCCUUUUAGAAUUAUUCAAAAUUUCCUUCAGGAAGACCGGUAUACCGAUAAUAUCGGUAUAAUUUUUUCGGUAUACCGAUACCGGAAAUUUCUCAUACCGAACAUUCCUAGUAUAAAAACACACUGCACGGCGUGAAUAGUUUUUAUAUAAAAUGCCGUUAUAUAAAGUGUGGAACUCGACCAGGGACAUCAAAAGGCUGUAAUUGCUUGUUCUUUUGCAGAAUUUGUCUCAAAAGUUAUGUGUCUUUAUGAUAUUUUAUAGAUAAAAAGAAAAUUGAACUUACAAUAGCGAGCAUAAAAAGAAACGGCAUUGCCAAGCUAUAUAAAUUGCAAAACUAAACGUUUUGAGCCGAUCAUAAAAUUAAAUAAACAUUUAAAGUCUAGCUGGUUCUCUUCACGUAAAAUUAUAUGGGAAAUAUACAAAGCAAAUACUGGCAUUUGACUAUGUUUUUACCCGCACCGAAUUCCCUAUAGAUUCCCGUCGCCAAAAAAAUUUCUGUCAGUGUACCAUUUUAGGGGUCCAAAAAUUUUUCCAGACGUACAAAAAAUUUUCCGGAACAUUCAAAAAUUUUCUGCACAUAACAAAUUUUCAACAUUUUUUUAUAUUUUUCCAAAAUUUUUACAUUUUUCCUCAAAAUUUUCCUAAAAUUCCCACCACGUUCUUGCCCUUUGCGCCAAAAAUAUUUAACCCAAAAAGCAGUUCUACCGACUGAAUAGCAGUCCUACCAACUGAAUAGCAGUCCUGCCGACUGAAUACAAUUACUGGGGGGGUGUCACACCCCCCCCACACACACCCCCGUAGCUCCGGGCCUGAUUAGAUGGCAUCCUUAACCUUGGAAGGGCCUAUUGAGGAAUCACAAUUCACAUAAAAAUAGAAACAGAAUUCACAGAUUAUUACUAUGUGGUGCAUCAGAUACUUGCAAGCUGCUUCAGUGCUGAACUGUUUAAAGCUACUGUAAAUGUCUUGGUUGCAAGACAGCCAGGCUGGAAUCUGUGCAAAUGGCACAAAGAAAAAAAAUUGAUGAUAUUUUUGGGCACAGUAUACUAAAGAAGACCAAUAUUUGAACGGGCAAACACUAAAAUUGUCAGACAACUUUUCAAGGUUGUCAGUCCAUCCUACUGGUUACUCUAGCUUACUCAAUGAGUCAAUUAAAGAUAGGGUACAGUUCGGUCUGCGCAUGCGCACAUAAGAGUCUCCUGCCAUGAUAUAAACACUUUAAUUAGGUUUUUAUUUCAUUUUAUGUUCUUGCAAAGCCUGAUUGUUGUAGCUUGAUCAUUUAUUAUACUGUAGAAGCAUGAAAAUAUAAAUAGUUGUAGAAUAAAGUUCAAUAUUUUGAAUACCAAAAUGUAAACAAAGGCUUUGUUUACAUACGAACUGUAGCCUACCUUUAACUAUUUGCUGAAAUAGGCAUAGAAAUCUGAAAUAUAAACACAUAAAUAAUCAACAACAUUUGCUGUUUCAAUGUUUGAAGUAUAGGUAAUCAUGUGAUCGCGAGUACAAUUAGGGAUUAAUAGUACAAGUGAUGUUUAGAAAUUUUGCCAAAAUUGGACAAGCUGCCGGAAAUUUCCAAACAUCACCAGUUGCUUGUUUAUUAUUAGCAUGACAAAAUUGGAUAAUUCUCAUGCAAUGUCAAGAUCAUAUUCUCUCACCAAAGCCCAUUGUUUGUAUUUUCAUUUAGUUCUUCUGUGUAAGUUUGUCUAGGGCAACUUCAUUAAUCAUUUGUGUUUAAAUACCUUUCCGCCUUUUUGUUUGUUUUGGGAAAAUCAUUAAUUGCUUUGGGAAAAUCAUUAAUCAUCAACCAAUCAGCAUCCAGUAAUUUUGUCAUGCUAAUAAUAAGUAUAGUAACAAUGAAAGCAUUGUUACAAAUUAUGAUAACAACAGGAGACUUAACUUCUAGGCAAUAAUAGACAGCCUAACCAAUACUAAGGUCUCUGAUAGCUACAGUAUACCAACAAUUGGAGGGUGUAGUCCGUUGGAGAGGGUCUGCCUAGGCCCUUGGAGUAGCACAAGCUAACAGAAAUCCCCAAGAUAUACCCUGUAGCAAUCUUGAUCAGGAGCAGCUGUAGAUCAUUUCAAAUUUUUCCCAAUAGGUCCUAGGCAAGGUGCUGAGAAUAACAGGACAACUCCAGGGGCAUAGGAACCGGUAGGGGGGGGCCCCGAGUUUCAAAAGUGCCCUUUUUCUGUGGCAAAGUGCCCUUUGCCUUCGUGAAAAAUGUUGUUCAGAUUGCAUUAUUGCCUCAAUGGCCUUUGACUUCUACAACAUUUCCGCACCAUUUCUGGGAAAAUUUUUUUAGGUGUAAAAAAGUCAUAAAGGUAUGAUUGCAUUUAUUCCUCUCCCCCAUCGCCAACAUUUCCGGGAAAAACUUUUUAGGUGCCCUUUUCAUUCUAAAAGUGCCCCUCGAAACCGCCCCCCCCCCCAACUUUUUGAAGCCUCCUACGCCCCUGGACAACUCACAUACAUAGUGGAGAUAUCAUACGUACUGGAAACCCAUGAUGAAAUAGGAUGGGAAAAUUAUGGAAAAUGGAAUGCCCCCGCCAAACUACAAGAUGCUUGUAAGAUGAGAUGAUUGAGAUGAACGGUGACAACCCUUACAACCAAACAUUUCUCCAUUCAGUCAAUUUUUCAAGAUGAUAAAACUAAUAACUAAACACUGCUCACCCUAUUUACAGAAAACACUAAUAUGACGAAGCCACAUUACCUGGGAAUCCUAUUGACGAAAUGCACUGCCAGAAAACAAACAAACAAAACAAACAAACUGCCCUGUAUAAGCAGUACAUGCAUGAAGAGUGACCUUACAGGCAGUGUAAAUCCCAAAGUAGAUGAGAGUAACCCAGAUGAAUUGCAUACAACACACAUAGUUAUCACGUGGCACGGCCAAGGAACAAACUAGACGUGCAUGCUGGCACGAACACACAUUAUAUCGCAUAUUGCAAACAUAUAACUUAAGCAACACUCCGAAAAGGAAGUGAAGCGUUGGAUAACUCGAUUAAAAGAAACAUAUACACUGGACCACUAUUCAAGAAAUAAACCCUUAACAGUAGCAGGCAACGCAGAAAAGCAUAUAUAUGCCCCAAGGGCCGCGUUGUUGUGUGCUAAGAGGACAUGCCUAAUGCCGUGGGGAUGAAAUAAAACCUAGCACAAUGCAAAUUGAGGCACUGCUGUUGGGAUAAGCGUACGCACACUGCCAACAUACACUGGCCGAUGUGUAACAAGCAUAUGGGAAGGCUUAAGGAUAUUCCCACAGGGGAGAGAGGGCCGGGAUCGAGCAAGCGUAUACCUAGCAGCUGAGGACAAGUGACAUCUAAUGUAAGUGAGCCCACCCUUAUGUAGGUAUGAUGUCAACAACCUCUAGAUCUGUCCCAUGACGAUCUUCCAAUAAUACUCUCAUUGCCAUCUGUUAAGUCUGGAGGGUCGCUGGUCAAGGUGACCGGCCAACUCAAUUUUAGCUCGGACAUACCGAAUUUCUGGCCGAUCAAAUUAUUCAGCUUAAAGCAAAGCCUAGUAAAGUAUACCCCUAAAAAUCAAAUGUGACUAUUUUCCCAGUAUAUAGCAUUUUACAAAAAGCCUUACUGGCAUAAUGAGCAAUAAAAACUCGUUUACAUAAAAGUGAUAAAACAGUUUGCACUGCGCUAAAAGCAUGGCCUUAACUCUUAAGCAAAAAGCAUGGCCAUGGGCUUUGUGACGUACUGCAUGCAUGGGAAAGCUGGCGUAAAUUGAAGUUCUUUUCCCGCAAAAUAUUCGACAACAUGUUAUGGUUCUUAAUUAUAAUACUUGACAACUUUAUUUUGACUAUUAAUUCAAAUGAAGAUUAGUUUGUUCUUUUACCGAAAGUGACCGGUCAAAAUGACCGGCAAGGUAAGAAUUUGACCGGACAACUCCGCAUUCUGGCUGGACAUUGUCCGUUGACCGACCGUUAUUUCGCGCCCUGCUAUCUCUAUACCCACACAACUAGACAGUGACCAAGUUGGUAUCAUGAAUUAAUACAUUAGGAUACACAUGAAUCUUUGAGAAACUUCCAUAUACACUAUACAGUUUGGGAGAAACAAGGAAUUGACCGUGGACCUCAAGUUAGUUUAUGUGGAAAUCAAAGGCUGGUUAAGGUGACUUGUAGCAUUUUGUAGUAUCCUAGUCGAGAUACAAGUCGUGUGAAGUUUGGUGUCCAAAACCAAAUUUUAGAAGGUGGUAAAGGGGGCUAUUGAUCACGUUUCAGAGAGAUCUCACAGAAAAUAAGACAUUGUUAUACUUAACUGUUUCACUCGUUUAUACCCACCAUAUGGGUAGCAUAUGCUUGAAUAUUUUAUGGUCGAAAUAAUUUUCGAUAAUUAUAUAUUUACCCUAUAUAAGUUCUAUAGUAUAAUUAUAGCAGUUUACGAACUUUAUGGACGCCAUUUCGAUAGUUUUAGAUAUAUAUUUAUAGUCUAAAUAGUGGAAAAUGCACAGCUAAGCCUUUGGCACGAGAACAAGCUCCUUUGCUUCCCAAAAAAUCAGGGAUAGAUUUGGUGGGGGUGCAGGUGGUGUGCUAUUUUUCAAGAUAAAGCAAAAAAUAUCACAGACAAAAUGAGAUACUGAGUAAUUUGAGUAAUAACAUGAUGAUAAGCGAACUGUGAACAACUAUUACAAUUCGAAUACAGUAUAUGUUGAUGGGCGGGCAACACACAUGACCGACACAACUGGGCACUGGAGCUGGCAGAGUACCCCACUACCAGAUAACCCCACUACCAGAUCACCCCACUACCAGAUCAUGCUGGAUUCAUCCCUGCAAAAAAAUCAAGUUUCACGUGGAGUUGCUCUUUAAAUCUUCUUUCACACAAAAUAAAUAAAGGAUUUCAUGUUUCACAGAAGCACUUCAAAUCACGGUUUCACUUACAGUAAUUAGUAUCCUCUGGAUAUUGGGCUACUCCAAAUUUCAGGCCCUCUGACCAUCCUGAGUGUCAUUCAGGCUGAGGCAGCAUGGUAUGAUUUUCAAGAUCCAGACCGCUAAGUUAACUAACUGCAUGUCUGCAUGCUGACGUUUUUUUCUCCUGUAAAAAGUGUGGCAAACUUAGCAGACGAGUUUGGUUCAAGACGGCGACUUUAUCAAAAUGUAAAUUUACAUUUACCCAUUGAGUGCCAGCACUCUCCCCUUGACAAAUAAAAUCGUGCAGCGUUAGAUAGAGUAAAAUAAUAAAGUAUACGGUGCAUUGGGGCGAAUGGGUAAUUGCAAAAUUGUAAAUAUUCUGUCAAUAUUAUUCAUUAAUCUUAAGCCUAAUCAAAUUUGUGUUUUUGUUCUAGGACAUUCAGUAAUGGCACCUGUAGGAAGAUGGCAAAAAGGGAAAGAUUUAACAUGGUAGAAAAUCAAGCUAAAUUCUUUAAAUUACAUACUGGUCCAGUGGUGUAACUUCGCGCUUGCCCGUAAAAAUGAUGACGGGCAAGUACUGUAGAAGUUGCUUUUUGGUUCCCCGAUCGCGGGCAAGUUGUUUUGGUCAGAAAUUAAUUGCUAAUAAUUUCCUUCAAAUUUUGUUAAAAUGUGAGAGCCAAAGUAGACCUGAUACCAAGUAAAUUGUAUUCCCGCGGCAACCACUUUUCACGUCCAUGUAACUUGCCCAGAUUGCAAGUGGUAAAAAUAGUUAAACUUAUUUGGUUAAGACCUUGCAUGCAAUCUUGGUUGAGCUUGACUUCACCACAGGGGAGCCCGGCUCGGACAUGAGAUUCAAUGUCCAUAACGGUGAGGGCCACUCUCUCCCCGAUGUUGUUUCUCCAGCUUUUCUUUGGGCCCCUAAAACCCGCACUUUCCGUCACCCAAUUUUGACCACAAAGGAAUUUCUUGAUUUUUUAAACUAAUUAUUACAUUAUAAUUAUAUAAAUCUUAAACUAAUUUGUGUCAUGGUUUUAAAGCUUUAGGAAUAUUUUACAGGUAUGCCAAAGACAAACAAACUAAAAUGCAACAACAACAAACGGUAUAUAGUAUAAUUUACUAAUUUACAUACAGUAUAAGCACAUACAAUAAUGUAACAGUAACUUGGAUGCAGGUUGUAUACUGUACCUAGGAUAGAUUAUACACCAUACUUUUAUGGUCAUGGCUAUGUUAUAUUCCAUUUAAUAUUUCUUUAUUAAGUUAAAUUUGACAAUUAUAUAUAGAGAGCCUCACCCGUCUUAACAUGCAGAUACAGUAAUAUGUCCUUUGGCAUUUUUAGGAAAGGAAUAAAGUUAAACAACUAGAAGAAGAAGCAAUGGCUGCAGCUCUGUAUGUAUAAUUAUACCAAUACUGACACGUACAUGCAUCUACUGUAUCUAAAUAUUAAUCUUUAGAAUAAAAGAUUCUCUCUAUAUAAGCAAUUUUUACGAUAGAUAAUAUAGAUCUUAGAUCUUACAGAACCUGAUAAAACUGAAUUCUCAAAUUCACAUUCCAGACAAAUUUUUUUAAAACUCAAAAGUUGUUAAGCUUUAUACAUACGUUUCAUAUCUCUGAACUUCAUGUGUUUGAACUGCGUUUCUUAACAAAGUGCAUCACUUUUUUGCGUACGCUAUAGCAAACUCGUUUGUAAGACCAUUGCUGCAGGAGACAUCACUACCGAGUGUCCUACAGAUCCCGUUUAUUGAAUUUUGUACGUGUAUGAAUACAUGUAUUCUAAAGUCUAAACACAUCGCUAACUAACACGAGUUUUGUGAAACCCAUGCAGAAACAUCCUGCUGGCCAAACGCGGUGUAAACCAAUUCAAGUCACAUUAUCUCAACAACAGUUCGCCUGUAUGACAGAGGGCAGUUGUUUAGAAGCGGUUUAGCUUAAAUCUUAAUAGGUAUAAUCUUAAUAGAUUUAAGCUACAUAAGCUUAAACUUUACAUUAGAUGAACCGUAAGAUUAAUAAUAUAGCACUGAUUUAUUUAGUGGAUUUGGUACAAUAAAGAAGAAGACAACUGCUUUGACCAAACAGGUAGGUUAUUUAUUUAAUAUGUACAUAGCUUCAUGGAGUGUGGGGCUAAAUGUAUGUUUUGUACAAUAUAUGUAUAUAUAUAUAUAUGUUGAAUAAUAUGGUAUAUUUCAAAGUACAAUAGUACAUAUUUGAAAGCAGCAAUGUGUAAAUUGAAGUGGAGUGGAAUAGUAAUGAUUUCGAGCUGCAUUAAAUUUUAAGCAGAUAGAUUUCCAAGCGCGACGAUUUUAGACUUCAUUAGCUCAGCAGUUUAAACUUAAAGCAGUAUAGCCUAAUGUAAUUUUUGUUUAACCAAAUCUGGUAGUAAUUAACAAUUGUUGAAUUAUUAUAUAACAAUUAUUCGGUUUUCACAUGAUAUGAAGAAUUAUCAAGCCGACAUUUGUGUUAUCAUCCGAAGCCUAUGGGGCUGAGGUCUAUAACACAAACUGAUGCCUUGUUAAUUUUUCAUGUGAAAAUCAAAUUCAAUAAUUGUUUUAUUAUUUAUUUAAACGAUCAAACAACGGCCCGUUGUAGGAAGCCAUGUGUAUUCACUGUAUUGUGACACAAUUCCUCACUCUUUAGCAGUCCUCAUUGGCAUGAUAUCAUAGCGUUUAAUAUUGUACUUUUCAUAUCACCGAUUCACUCCGUUGAAUAUUAUGUCAAAACUCCAUAUUUGGUCAGCUGUUGAGUUGAUAUACUGUAUGAUGAUUUCACAGUUUGCUAUUAGCUAAUUAGAAAUCACGAAUUAUUUUAAAUAAUUAAUAAGUAUUAAUCCAAUCUACGUUAUUAAUAGGAGAUUGCGGAAACUUUAAAGCGAGGUCAGACAGAACGGGAUUCUGGGAACGUUGAAAGAGUGGAAGGAAUGGGAUUUGGCAGGUAUUGUAUAACAAAACUGGUUUUAUUGUCGAUUUCAGGUCACUUUUCAGCGCGUGGGCCGAACUUACAAAUUAUACGUUUCCAAGUCUGGAAAUUAGGCGUGAACUUCGCAAAAAAAGCUCGCAAGUUUAUUUCAAUGUUUGAACUUCUAUUGUAAACAAAUGUUCGUAGUUCGUGUUAAAUUACUGUAUUAACAAUUCGCUUAUGGAAAGUUCUUGGUCCAGUGGUCUUCCAAGAAGGUUUGUAUUUCAUUGAAUUGGUAAUUAUUAUUAUCGAGUUUGAAAAUUUGUUCACCAACAUAGUUCAAACAUUAAAAUGAACUUGCUAACUGUGUUGCAAAGUUCACGCCAAAUUUUCGAACUUGGAAACGUAAUUGGCAAGUUCGCAACGCACUUGGGAGCCACACGUGACUUGAAAUCGAAAAUAAUAUUUCCUUAAUAUUACACCCGUUUUCAAAAUUACGCGACCAAAGACGAAAAUGCUAGAGUUGACAUGUCAGUUUUAUGUCAUUCGAUCACGAAGUUCAAAUUUUGAGUUUUGCGGUUCCUUGUCGAUGUAUAUGCUUUGUAUGCUUCAUAUAAACAGACUUACAAUGAUUUUCAAGAUAUUUUAGUGAGAAUUGUUGUAAAAUUUAAGCACGACAAAAUCAUAACAUCACCGUUAUAGUCUAGCGCGCGUGUUUUAUACUGACAGCUAUAUUCCAGGAUAAAUUGUUAUUUUUCAAACUUUAAAAGUCAUUCACGGCACAUAUUUAUGUUGUGAUGGUUUGUGUUGUGCUUUAGUUUGUAUAUCUAAGUUAUCUGACUCAUCUUAGUUCAGUUUUGGUAUUAAAUACGGUUUAAAAUGUCUUGAGACAGUUUGUUUACGUUUGCUAUUUUUAGCAGUUCUUGUGACAUAAAACUGACAUUUGAAGUAGGAGUAUUUUUCAGGGAGGUCGCGUAAUUUUGAAAACGGGUGUAAAACCUUGACCUAUCCAUAGUAUGUAUUUUGCUUGAUCUUGAUAAUUUCUGGAUAUAUCACCUCAUUCAUGUAUCAUGAUCAUGUUUAAAUUAAAUCAAUAUAACAAAUGAUCGAUUUUUAACAUUUUGAUUGGUGGGUGGCCAACAUGGCUGACAUGAUCAGUUAGUUUAUACGACAUCACUGCUGCUGGUGUUAGGUAGCGCCGAAUAAUAACUUCUCUCAAAAGCCAUUUAGUAGAUACACAGUGACCACUGUACUUUAUGUAAUACAAUAUAGUUCAAGAGCAGCAAUGAUGGACAGCAAUCGCUCAAACGAUGGUUUCAUAAAAGAACCGGAAGCGAAGAUUCAGGUAAUCCACUUUGCAAUGAAAAACUGUACUGUAUUUAUAUGCACCCUAAAAUUAAUAUAUAGAUGUUAUUGACUUAACGAGAGGACCGAACAAGGGAGGAUUGUAGUUUUUUCGUUUCUGUAUGGUCCGACCCCGUUGGUGUAGAUCGUGUUAUAGGUUAAGCGCAUUAAUUUUAGAGGAUCAAUUAGUAUACUCAUAAACAUAACGAAUCAUAGGAGUUAUACAUCACGAAUCAUGAGAAUCAUCGCAAAUUAUUGGCAUUACACAUUGCAAACUAUCACUAUCAUAGCUUAAUUUUGCCUGAAAUACAAGUACCGCGAGGUCAAAUUUAAUGAAAUAAAUGUAAUGCUCAGAAUGCAGGAAAUGGCAUUUCAGGGCUUCAAAUUCCAAAACGUUUAGUAGUAAUACACCCCCCUCAGGAAAACCUCUACCCCAUGUAACAAAUGAGACCAGAUCCGCCCCUGGAAAUUGGAGAAGUAUGGAGAGCAUGGAGAACAAGAAGAAAGUGGAGAACAUGGAAAGCAUGGAGAAAAUGCAGAACAGAACAAAACACAAAAUACGCAAAAAAAGAGAAUGCAAGACGGGAACAGAAAAUAAAAGAAGAAAACAGUACGGAGCACUUGUCGAGCCGCGCGCUCUGAGUAUUCGCAAUUUAUCUUUUAAACUGUCGUUUUUCGGAACUGGAGAUAAAGUGAAUACUUAAAUCGAGGGUUUUUUCGAGUCCAUUUGUAUUGAGGGGCGUGAUGCCCACAGCUGAAUUGCUCAAACAUGUAUGCGUGCUGCCAAAAUUAUCAACCAACUGGAUUGUGUACUGCAAGUAACCAAGUACUCGCCAUGGCUUUAUGGAACACUAUGGGACUAUCAAAGAUAUGAACUUUAUAUAUAAUGUUUUGUAGAACUUAAUUAAGGUCAUAUUCUGAAAUGUGCAUGUAAAAAGGUAAUUAACUUUAGCUUUACCUGGUCCAAAAUCAAAUUUUGUUAUUUAAGAAAUUCGUAUACUGUAAAGCAGCGAGUUUGUGGAAUUCGUUAAAUUAGGACCAUGCAGAGAGCUUCGAAGAGCAAAGUUUGUUUAAAAAACUGUAAAGAUACUUAAACGUUAGAUUGGGAUAAUAAGGAGGGGGCCUGGUUAGUUUUAAUAGUGGCUUUUGUAACUGCAUGUAAUUCUAUGUUAAUUAGCUUUAUGUCUAGCACAUCAGCUCUGGUCUAAUUUUAUCGGUUUCAUAGUAAAGCUUAGGCAAUCACGUGAAGAAGAUUAACCAAUCAAUAAAUAUGAAAUAUUCAUUGGCUAAUCAUGUGCAAUUAAGCGUUUUUCAUACGUCUAUGCUGUAUACACGGAAAAGUUUAAAUCUUCCUAAAAUUUAUUUAAGUGUUAAUUAUACCUCAACAAAUGCACUCUAAAUCAUACACAAAACUAAAUGUUGUCCUUUUAUUCAUUUAAUUAUUUCAUAAGAAAUUAAAUGGAUUUAAACCUUUCCGUGCGCAUGAAAAACGCUAAACUGGAAUACUGCAGCUAUGAAAACAGCGUGGUUCGUUUGUGUCUUCAUGAGCCUGAAAGGGAACAUUACGAAGUGGUUUCAUUUCAAUACACGAAGUCUUGAUUCACAAAGCCUGAUCAAAAUUAGGAGGGGUGGGGGGGGGGGGCUUUGGUGGCGCAGUCGUCAGAGCAAGGGCCUUUCACCUCUGACUGAGGUCGUGGGUCCGAUUCUCGCCGCGGACUCAUGUGAAAAGAGUCAGUCAACACAGAAAGUCGUGGGUUAUCUCCGGGCUCUACGGUUUUCUCCCACAGGGAAAGUUGACAGGGUGGUUUAGGAUAAACACGAUUAGGAAAGCAAUAUCACAAUUGUUGUAAAGAUAAAUAGUCUAAGCUAAGUAAGUAACAUAAGUAAAAGCGUAAUACUUGAUAUAAUCGGUCACUGAAAAGCCCAAUGGGGAGUGAGCUGAAUAAUAAUAAUAACAAUUUCCUACAAUUAAGGCAAACAAAUUAAUUCACUGAGUGGUUUGUAUUUUACAGCAAGUGAAGGCAAAUACACCCAGUAAAGAGAGAAGUGACGACGAAAACGGAGAUGAACACAAGAAAAGGUAACGCUUUGGUCUUGAUGAUAUUAAUUUCCGCGUUUUAUUAAUCACGUACACUCUAUUUUGUGUACGUAAACGUCUGCCUUAAAAAUUCACGUUUUGUGCAAGACAUUUUCUCUGGAAAAGUGACAGGUAGCUGAUCUGGUAAAACAUUUGAGAACUAUAUUAUUCAAUUCUAUGGUGUCAGUUUCAAGUUUAAUCGAUUUUUACAAUACUCAAUUAAUUGCGCAAUGGCCAAAAAUCCCGAACAUAAUUUAUUCUACUUCUAUACUAAUUUACAUAUCUCUUUGAAGUAUGUCUCAACUCUAAACAGCAUACUGUAGAGUGUGUAACGCGAUGCUGCAUAUCGCAAAAUUGGAAAAUUGUGAAACAAAGUCUGUCUAAGUUCUAGUGUAAUUUUGGUUCUGGGUUUUAAUUUACUGUCUAUUCCACUUUUUAGUUUAUUCCUAGUGCAGUAUUUUUAUAUAGAAUUGAAUAGACAAAUGUAUGGUAAAAAUUAACAUUGUGAAAAUAUACGAAAAGCAGGAUGGGUAGUAACUUCAACCAGGCCAAUAUUAUACUAAAUUAUUCGACUGACCGUUUGUUUUUCAACCAGCGAUUUCGGCAAGUUGCAAACGAUCUACCUUCUCAGAAUAUGCGAUUUACAGCAUUGCGUUGUACAAUCUACUAUUUGCUGUUGGAGGGUCAUAUUUUAAAGUGAUGUGCAGAUUAGUAAGGAAGUACAAUAAAUAAUGUCCAUAAUUUCUGGCUAUGGUUAGGAAUGACCUUAUAAUUAUAUUAUUAUACACUCACGCGCACUUAACCAAUCAGUGAUCGUUGAGAGGGUCACGUGCCGAUCCAAUAUUUUACGAUAUUGGACAGGAACCUAUUGGACAGUUGCGAAUUGUGGCUUUUUUCAUGGUUUUUCAACCCUUUUCAGAUGUUUUGUCAAUUUCAAACACACGAAAAACGAUAUGGCAGAAUAAUGAAAAGAAUUUGGGACAUUAAUACAGUUUUUUCUACCAGUUUUGUUUAAAAUUAUAAAAGCGCGGGAAAACUUGUCUUCGCGAAAUUUAUUUGUUUGCAACAGCCUAGAAGUUAGUAAUAUUAUUUUUUCGUUAAAAUUAGGUCAAAUUUCCUUUAAACAUACAUGGAAUUGAGUUUAUUUAUGCACACAUAUUUGUAAAAACAGGUUUAUUAACUUUUUUUUUAGUUAUUUAAGCAAAUUCGCCGCCGAUAUAUGUAGUAAUGUUGUCGCUGUAUUAGUCUCGCUGUAUUUACUUUAUCGCUUAUUGACAAUUUUAGUUAUAGAAUUGUUUUGUUCGAUAUAAUAAAAUUCCUAUUGGAUUCAUCUUCGCCCAAUGUGGCAAAAUAUUAAGUCUCGACUUCAAUAUUAGGCUCGACCUUCGGUCUCGCCCAAUAUUGAAGUCUCGACUUAAUAUUUUGGCAUAUUGGGCUCAGAAGAAUCCAGUAAGAUAUAUUGUUCAUCCCCGAGCCGGCGGCGUGUGAGGGUACUAAUUCCGCACGGCUAAUUAUACCCGGGUAUGUGAAAACAUAGCGGAGUGCAAAGUUGUCCUCCAUUUUGUUUAUGUCAUGGACGGUUUUCGACGUUAUGCGCAUGCGCGAGUACAAGCUUUGUCUGAGUAUAAAUUGUUUUUCAUUUUGAAAGGACGUAUUUUGCUGUUUUACAGCAAUUUUUUGUUUUAAAUUUCGUUAAAAAGUUUACAAAAGUACAACACUGUUUUUUUUUCUCGAUUUUAACUGGAAAUAAGCUUGCCAUUUCAUGAAUUAGUGGUUGUUCAACCGUGAAACAAAAUUUGUAUAAUAAUUGUUUUGAUGUUGAUGUCUUUGAUAAUUUAAUCGUUGUCGUGCCGGUUUGGGUAAGUGUAAACAUUUCAGUAGUAAAAUUCCAUGCCGUAUACUUGCUUUGUGUUGUCGGUUUUAUUCAAAUCUGCGAAAUUUUUAAGCCAUUCUUAACUCGAUAAUUCACUGUAAUGCAAGCUGGUAUGCAUGGAAUUGCAGUGAAUGUUAUUAUCGUUCAUUAUAAAGCUAGCGCAUCAGUUGUGUUUUUAUGUUUGUUUAUAAUGGUCUUAAUACUUUAUGUGGAGUUUUUAUACUUCAUCUGUUAAGAAAGGCGUUGCUGCAUACAUGUAUUUUCUAGUUAUAAUAUUUAAUUACUUAUUUCAGGAAGAAGAAAAAGAAGCACAAGGUGAAAAAAUCAAAAGAUACAUCCAAGAAAGAGAAAAGAGAAAAUAAUAGUACUAGGAGAAGAGGAAGCGAGUCUGAAGGUGGUAGUGAGAGUGAUACUUGGGAUACUUCAUCUAGAAAUAAAUACAAGGAACUGAAAACAAACAGAAAACGAGAGAAAUCCAGAAACAGCGAGAGUGAAGACGAGAACAGAUCUAGGAGAAAAGACAAACAUAAAGAAUUACGAAAUGAACCAAUAAAACGAAAACGACGACAUGAUAGUAGUUCAUCCGAUGAUCAGUAUCAACGAUCAAAAGAGCGGGAAAGACAUACGAACCGAAGACAACAUAGACAUGAUAGUGACUGAAUGGUUCAAAGUUACAAAUAAACCUAAUUACUCUUUCUUACGCUAGAUUUACCCACCGUUGUGGGGGUACUGCCUCUGCCACACCUGAAAGUGUACCCACCGCAAAAUGCGAAUUUUUACCACUGCAGUUGGCUGUAUAAUUGUAAAUUUACAGUCACAACUUCGAAAAGUCGUUUUUCACAUUGUUUAGACUGCAUCUCUGUAGAUUCUCUAAUAUAACGUGGGAAGACAAUACCUAAGAAUGGCGGAUAUUAGGGAGUUUAAGUUUCGCGUUCAAACGUUAAAUGGCAAACGCCAGGGGAAGAAACAAUUUACGCUACAAGGUAAUAAAUCGGAAACCAUCUUGCUAUUUUAAGAUUGUAAUGUAUGAUGAUUCUUUUGAGAUAAGAACGAGAAGAUGAGGCGAAGAAGUUAAGCAAAAAUUCUGCCAAUAAAAUUCAACUAUAUGCAGUUUGCCGUUCGCGCAAACGUGAAGCUUAUUAAACUCCCUCAUGGACCUAGUGAGAAAGGCUACUGUAAUUGGCCAGCCCAUGUUUAUUCCCAUUGCUAUGCAAUUCAUGUGCUUGCUUAACACUGUACAAAUUACAUCACUCGUUAUCUUUAUUCUAUUGUAUGCUAACAUAAUAACAGUAAUAAAUGGGAAUUGGGUAGCAACGAGCAGGCACAAGCAUGCUUUAGCCGAUUAGGUAUAUGAAAUAGAGAAACGAAAAUGCCGCAUGUCAGAACCGCCAUCUUGUUUUAUUCAGUGCAAAAUGUGUCGCGAGGUUUUGAACGGAACAACUUAUGUGGCCAACAGCACGCAUCUCAAAUGAACGCGAUCACAAGAUGGACCUUAAUACACUAUACUCUAUUUAUUAUGAUGCGUUGUAUUCGCUUUUUAAAAAAAAAAACAUAACGAUUAUCGGAGUUUUUGCGGCGAUCCUGAUUUAGUGUUCUAUGGUGUUUUAAUUAAUAGUUCGCGUCUGUGGACGUUUAACAUCUGUCUCUUGUCAUGGCCUGCCUACUUUUUAACUCAUUCCAAAGAAGAAAAAACACUAUUAAAAUG